CUCCAAUUUCGCGUCAAUUGAAAUCCUCGUCAUGCCGAUCCCCUUAACUGUGGGAUUAUUACUCUCUAUACCGAACAGAUGCGGAACGCCACUUUCCUCUACUUCUAAUCCUGGUUGAGGUAGUAAGGAAAGAAUUACGCCGUAUGUGUAUACACUUUUACCUGGUUAGAUGAACGAUGGUGGCGUUGAAUAUGUGGAGAUGUUCCACGAAGGGCGGCGGAAGGUAGGGUCGGAGGUUGUGCAUCCUACUUUUCGACAAAACGACGCAUAGGGUGAUUCGAGAGAAGCUUGUUCUGUAGAAUCGAUAACAUGAUGUACCCCGGAAUUGUUUAUUUCUCGCUCACCUGACUCCUCCCCCCGGCCACCAUAGCUCCAUGGUUUGCGCGAUGAGGAACAGCCACCGGCAAAAUCUUUUGCCAGAUACUUUACCAUGUCCCAGAGAACUGAACAUGGUCCGACUGAGAAAUAAAUCCCCAUCGUUCAAAUUGCCAUUUCUGGCUACUAGGGGAGAAAAGAUAAAUAAACCCAGUUCACUAAGGAUAUACGCCACCAAGCUGCGCUAGUGUGAUUCGGCAGUGAACGAUGAAGCAAAUACUGCCUCCUUGAUAGUGAAAACAGUAAUACCCAAGGUCUAAUAUUUGCCAUCUGUCAAUAUACUUUACGAUCGAUAAGAUUCCCCCGCUUUCCAAGAGUAGCGCCGCGCCGGCCGCUAACGUCUUCUAGAAGCCCCAUUUUCUCGUAUCAACCAAUCUGUGAAAAAUGAUCAAAGGCGGUACGAAGAAAUAUAGAGAGCGGAAGAUUUGCCCAUCUUGCGCUCUCUCGUUCUGGUAAAAGCUUCGAUUUAAUGGUCUGUUUCUCCGCGCUUUUAAUUGCAAGAGCCAAGGAGGAGGGAGGGGAAAGAUGACGUCCUUUUCCUUUUUUUUGUGACGUGGUAACGAUGCCCCUUUACACAACAAUGUCGACCGGGUCUAU